UGUUCAUUAUUGCCAUACUAAUUUCUUCUUCUUCUCGCUUUCUCACACAAAAGUUUCAAUCUUUGUUGGUUUUGCUCGAUACGAUAGGAUAUUUAUUUUCUUUUGUUUGUAAAUAUGACCUAUAAAUUUUUUUUGUUAUAUAGAUUUAAAUACUACACCUUAAAAUUAAUGUCUCUAGUGGCACACUGCAACUACAUUCUUAAUCCUACCAAACACCAGCUAAUUCUGUCUCAACAGUGUCACCUACCACCAUCACCACCACCAACGAGAACAACAACAGCUAUUUCAAGUUCUCUUCCACCCUUUUCUUUUUCACUUUUCUAAUUCUUCUUCACUCACUAACAUGGCGCCCUCAACCCCUCAAGUCAUCACCUGCAAAGCUGCAGUGGCAUGGGGAGCUGGGGAGCCACUGGUGAUGGAGGAAGUGGAAGUGAGCCCUCCCCAACCAAUGGAGAUUAGGAUUAAGGUUGUCUCCACCUCUCUCUGCCGCAGUGAUCUCUCUGCUUGGGAAUCUCAUGCCAUAUUUCCUCGCAUAUUUGGCCAUGAAGGAUCAGGGAUUGUUGAGAGUGUGGGACUGGGAGUGACUGAAUUCAAAGAGGGUGACCAUGUGCUAACAGUAUUCAUUGGAGAAUGCAUGACAUGCAGACAGUGUACAUCUGGAAAAAGUAACAUUUGUCAAGUUUUAGGAUUGGAAAGAAGGGGUUUAAUGCACAGUGAUCAGAAGACACGCUUCUCAGUAAAAGGGAAGCCUGUUUAUCAUUAUUGCGCUGUUUCAAGUUUCAGUGAAUAUACAGUAAUCCAUUCCGGAUGUGCAGUGAAAGUCAGCCCCCAUGCACCUCUUGAGAAAAUUUGCCUUCUGAGCUGUGGGGUUGCUGCAGGUCUGGGUGCAGUAUGGAAUGUUGCUGAUGUGUCAAAAGGAUCAACUGUGGUGAUUUUUGGUCUUGGAACUGUAGGCCUAUCCGUUGCUCAAGCCGCAAAACUAAGAGGUGCAUCUAGAAUAAUUGGUGUUGACAACAACCCACAGAAGUGUGAAAAUGCUAAGGCUUUUGGGGUUACAGAAGUUCUUGACCCGAAUUCCUGUGAAGAACCUAUUGCUCAGGUUAUUAAGCGGAUUACUGAUGGUGGAGCAGAUUUCUCUUUUGAAUGUGUCGGUGACACUGAUAUGAUAACCACUGCAUUGCAGUCAUGCUGUGAUGGAUGGGGUUUGACUGUAACACUUGGGGUGCCAAAGGCAAAACCUGCGAUGUCAGCUCAUUAUGGACUACUACUGAUGGGAAGAACAUUGAAAGGAUCUCUAUUUGGAGGUUGGAAACCAAAAUCUGAUCUUCCUUCGUUAGUAGAGAAGUAUGUCAACAAGGAAAUCCAGAUUGAUGACUACAUAACACACAAUUUGCCAUUUCAUGACAUCAACAAAGCUUUCAAUCUCAUGAAGGAAGGAAAGUGUCUGCGUUGUGUUAUCCACAUGCCAAGAUAAUACCUUCAGUUUCUUUCUUUAUUUUUUUCCAAAAAAAGAGUUAUUGCAGAAAUCAGUGCCCCAUAGAAUGUAGAAACUUCUUUGCAUAGAUAUCAUUGAACAUUGAUGAGAGUUGAAUCUUGUAAUAACAAUAUUGAUUAUGCUAAUUUUUGUCUUCGCUCAACUAUAAAAAUUUACAUAUGCUAAAUAAUGUGACGUUGUAUUUGUAUACAGUGCAUUUCUACCUUGUAAUACACUAUAGCCCAUCUUGAAAAGUUGUUACAUUACAUCCUUAAGAAACAAGGUGAUCUCAAUUAUGGAAGGCCAUAUUAAUGUA